CGCGCGCCGCCGCCGUCGGCCCGGACAGGGGCGGGGAGGAGGAGGAGGAGGCGGCGCGCGCCGCCGGGCGGCCUGAGAGCGCGCGCCCCCUGCGGGCGCCAGCGGGGCGGCGCAGCCCCCAUGGAGCGGGUGAGCGAGGCCGCCGCUUGCGGCCCCUCGUCGGGCUGCUACACGUACCAGGUGAGCCGGCACAGCGCCGACAUGCUGCACAGCCUCAACCAGCAGCGCAAGAACGGCGGCCGCUUCUGCGACGUGCUCCUGCGAGUGGGCGACGAGAGCUUCCCGGCGCACCGGGCGGUGCUGGCCGCUUGCAGCGAGUACUUCGAGUCGGUGUUCAGCGCGCAGCUGGGCGACGGGGCAGGUGGCGGCGGCGCGGAGGGGGGCGCGACGGAGGCAGCGGCGGCCGGCGGUGCGGCGGCCGGCGGGACCCCCGGGAGCGGGCGGGAGCUGGAGAUGCACACCAUCAGCUCCAAGGUAUUCGGAGACAUCCUGGACUUCGCCUACACGUCGCGCAUCGUGGUGCGGCUGGAGAGCUUCCCAGAGCUCAUGACGGCCGCCAAGUUCCUGCUGAUGCGCUCUGUGAUUGACAUCUGCCAGGAGGUCAUCAAGCAGUCCAAUGUGCAGCUCCUCGUGCCUCCUGCACGCCCCGACAUCAUGCUCUUCCGUCCGGGGGCUGCUGACCUCGGCUUCCCUCUUGACAUGACCAACGGUGCCACUUUGGCACCCAAUGGCAAUGGCAUUGCUGGCAUGCCCGAAGACGAGGCCACGCGGGCUGCGCUCACUGCUGCGCAGUCUUCCUUGCCUGUUCUGCAGGGCGUGGACCGGCUGCCCAUGGUGGCAGGACCUCUGUCCCCACCACUGCUGGCCUCACCUUUCCAGAACGUUGCUGCUAGUGCCCCUACUUUAAGCACCAAGAGGGGCAGAGGGCGACCCCGUAAAGCCAAUCUCUUGGACUCCAUGAUGUUUGGUACCCCAGGGGGGCUGCGAGAGGCUGGUAUUCUGCCUUGUGGUCUCUGCGGGAAAGUAUUUACGGAUGCUAAUCGUCUUCGUCAGCAUGAAGCUCAACAUGGGGUGACAAGCUUACAGCUGGGCUACAUAGACAUCCCACCCCCAAGACUGGGUGAAAAUGGUGUCCCUGGUCAGGAUGACCCCGAUGCUCCCCGAAAAAGAAGCAGGACGAGGAAACAGGUGGCCUGUGAAAUCUGUGGCAAGAUUUUUCGGGACGUGUACCACCUGAAUCGGCACAAGCUGUCUCACUCUGGCGAGAAGCCUUACUCGUGUCCAGUGUGUGGCUUACGGUUCAAGCGGAAAGACAGGAUGUCCUAUCAUGUUCGAUCUCACGAUGGCUCUGUGGGAAAGCCCUAUAUCUGCCAGAGCUGUGGAAAAGGCUUUUCCAGGCCAGACCACUUGAAUGGACACAUCAAACAGGUGCAUACCUCAGAGAGACCUCACAAGUGUCAGCAGGAAAAUGGCAGCCACCAUGGAAUAAGCUCAGAGACAUCCACAUCCAUAGAAAAGUUGAACCUUCAAGAGACCUGUAAUGCUUCCUUUGCCACUCGUGACCGACUGCGCUCACACCUAGCAUGUCAUGAAGACAAAGUUCCAUGCCAGGUGUGUGGGAAGUACUUGAGAGCAGCAUAUAUGGCAGAUCAUUUGAAGAAGCAUAGUGAAGGACCAAGCAAUUUCUGCACUAUCUGUAACCGAGGUUUCUCCUCUGCCUCCUACUUAAAGGUCCAUGUUAAAACCCACCACGGUGUUCCCCUUCCCCAGGUCUCCAGGCACCAGGAGUCCAUCCCGAAUGGGGGAGCAGCGUUCCACUGCGUCAGGACCUAUGGCAUCAAAGAAGGCCAGAAAUGUUCACAUUCGGACCCGAUUGAGAGUUCUGAUUCAUACGGAGACCUCUCUGACACCAGUGACCUCAAGACUCCUGAGAAACAGAGCACCAAUGGGUCCUUCUCGUGUGACAUGGCAGUCAGCAAAAACAAAAUGGAGACGGAAGGAGAGAAGAAGUACCCUUGCCCUGAGUGUGGCAGCUUUUUCAGAUCAAAGUCUUAUCUGAACAAACACAUACAGAAAGUUCACGUCAGGGCCCUCAGUGGCCCGCUUGGGGACCUCGGUCCUGCUUUAGGAUCCCCCUUUUCACCCCAACAGAACAUGUCUCUCCUGGAGUCAUUUGGGUUUCAGAUCGUCCAGUCAGCAUUUGCAUCAUCCCUAGUGGAUCCAGAGGUCGACCAGCAACCAAUGGGGCCAGAGGGGAAAUGAGAUCAUUUUGAUCUUAAAGCAAAGCAGCAGUCUGGCUAUAAUGAUAAGAUGCUGUGAAUGAAAGAUGAAAUAAUGAAAUUUGGUUCUAUAGCUGAGAAUUUUUUAUUCAUUUUAGCUUCCCCUUUUAUCUCAUGCCCUGCCCCACCUUUAAACCUUCACUGGGGAGAGGAAGAAAAUGCUUCUUAGCUGAUAAAAUACAGAAGAUGGUGACCUUGAACAGAGGACAUGACCUAAAACACCAAAUGGAGCUUUAGAGGCUGCUGCUGGUGUUUAGUUGUGAUCUUCUAGAGUAAAUGUUACCAGCACUGGUCUGAGACUUAGACAGUCCUAGUGACCGAGGCACCUGGGGAGCUACAGCUACAGGGAGCUAUGCUUUUGUUCUCUCUCUAUUCCCCACCUUCCCUAACCUACCCCAGAAAAACAGUAAGUUUUAAAACCAGACCCAUUAUUGCCCCAUUAUUGAAUAUAACAGUAAGUAAAAUGCCCGUGGUACCUAUCAGGGUACAACGCAGUUGUCCUUUGAAAAAACAGAAAAUCUUAAAGAAGGUGCAAGAAUUUGAACCCCUUCUGCCGUUUGUGAGGCUGUGAGUGCUGCAGCAGAACUGAACUGCUGAGAAGAAUCCCCAUUUGGAACAGGUUGUUUUUGUUACUUUUGACCAUUAAACUUGCUGUCAGUUUUUUAAUUCUCUAUUAUUAUUAUUUUAGGACCUGUUGUAGUGAAUUGCUACUGAAAAGCCAGUCUAAGGCGAGACACAGAGCACUCUUAAAGCAGCAGUCACAUUAGGGUUAGUAUUAAUUUUUUUUUUAGAUGUACCAUAAUGAAUAACUUGGCUAGUUGGUUGUUUUAAGUCUAUGAAAGAAAUAGUUUUAUGAAAAAAAAAAAGAUAAAAAAAAAGAAGGAAAAAUACCAUUGCAGUCUGGUUGACUGGUGCUCAUUUUUCAUGUGGGGACCUAGGGUAUAAACACAAUGAGCUAUCGGGUUAACACUAUGUACCACUGACUUGUUUAGUGUGAAUAAACCCAGGGGUUCACAGAGUGAUUUUGGUUUAAUUGGAUUGGACUCUAUUAAAGAAGUUAGUAUGUUACUUUGCAUCCCCUCGUUUUGUCUGGUUUUUGAGCAGUUUAGCCACCUGUCCUAAAGGUGUGCAAAUGAGAGCCAGUAAUGCUCUCCUGAUCUGCCUCUAGUCAGGUUUGCAAAAGCCAGUCUUAAUCCUUUCUUUUCCAAAUAAGAAAGGUUUUUAUAGGAAGAGAUGGGAAUUGCAAACAGCAGAUCUUGCAGAAAGAAUUGAUUACAAAAUGCAAAGAAGCUGGGCUCUAGGCUGUUGGAGGUUCCAUUUAAUCUGAAGAUACCACUUGUGCAGAGAUAAUGUCCUGUCUUGUCUCUCCCUUUCCUCCCAUGUAACUUGUCAAGGUGUUAUGUACCAAAUCCAGGUAUAAAUGUUGUUUAACACAGGGUUAGGAGUUAGGAAUACUCUGAGUUAUAAUUAUGGUUCUGCUGUUGAUGCUCAAGGUCACAUAGGAUAGCUCCCUGAAUUUAUUCCUUAAUUUCCCAUCUGUGAAGAGUUUUCUCCACAUCACAGUUGUGAGGGUUAAUAAGCAAAGGUUUAAGCAGUGAUUUGGUCUGGAAAGACCACUCUGAAAAGCCCAAGUCCCACACCAACCAUGCAUUCUAUGAAGCAAUAGCUUUCUCCAUCACUAAUACAGUGCUGGAGCAGGAUAGACCACCUCAGACCAGGACCUACAUCCUCUGCAGGAAACAUGUAUAUAUUAAAUGUGAACAUAGCCACAAACUGCUGUUGCACCACAACUUGCAUUGCCCAGGUGCUCCUAAUCCAAACCCUGCAGUUAAUGCAUAACUGAAAUAAGAUACAUUCCUGAUUUUUUUAAUGUUGGAAUUAUACAGCCUUUUGUAUCAGUAUAUGGAUUUUGAAAUGAUGUUCUAAAUUCUACAGACUUCAGAAGCCCUAGCUUCUCUUUUCUAAGAAGCUACACUUUUUGUACUUGUUCUCAAGUGUUACAAACCAAGGAUUAAUAAUCAAUGGCUUUCUCUAUAGCACCAGCACUUUCUAAAUUGAGAGCAUGUUGCAGCAGACUUGAGGUUUUGCUAUUAAUCUGUGUUGGGAGACUGAAGGACAUGUUCCUCUCCAUUUAUCUUCUCCCAGAAUCCCUGGAAAAUAGGUAUGAGUUUCAUUUCAAGGGAAGACAAACAAAAACAAAAACAAACCAACCCACCUUAAAACUAAAGCUUUAUGGAAUUGCUAUUGCUGUACUGGUAAGCUUAGGUGACAAGUAGAAAAUGGAAUUUCAGAAAGGUAACAGAACAUUUUCAAAUACCUUAAUAAUGCAGACGAUACUGAGACAACCUUGUGAACUGCCACGCCAGUGGAGAUAGAGCAGGCUUUCCAGUCAGCAGAACAAUUUAUUGGGAUUAGCAAAUGCAACUGCAGUCACUCGUAUUUACUAAUAGCUCGCGUUUAAGCCACCAGGCAAAUUUCUGUUGAAUUGAGGUUGUGUUCUGAAAUAUUUAAGGAGUUUGUGUUCCUAUGUGUAGUUAAAGAGGGUGCAGUAGCCAUACAAUUCAACUCCAAAAGAAUAUAGGGUAUUUUCAUCCUACAUAUAGCUCCACUGACUCCAGUGUUACUAGUGGGUUGAAUUUAGCCAUGUGUAUCAGAAUGUAAUUUUGAAUGCUACAGAAUUUGACCUGAUGAAACAAAUGAAAAGCCUUGAACUAAAUAGGAAGCCUUGUAAAACACUAACUGUGCAUUUUGUUUGUCAAAGAAAAUGCUUACUAAGUUGUCAUGAAUCCAUCGGUUGAAAGCUACUUACUUCUCAGUCUAGUGGACAGGGAAACAAUUGGGCAGGAAGUGAACAAUCCUGAAAUGACAGUUCUAGAUCAUUCUAGUGUAAACAGGAGGGAUUUGCACCAACACAAGAGACUGAUGCAGACCAGUGCCAGCAGUAGUUUGGGCAGAUCUUUAGCAGUGGUGUGUUUUCAGAGCUUUUUUGCUUCUUUGGGGGCAUAUUGUUCCAUUCUGGUUAGUAAUUUAAUCUACAUGCGCAUUCUUUAUAUUGUGUGCUUUGGGAAAUGCCUGCUUCUCAGAGAACAGAAAACAGAUCCAAACAGAAACUCAUCUUCAGAAGUUCAGAGUUCAAAUGGAAGUACUUAACAUACCCUGAGCUGUAACCUCACUUGUUUAUAUUACAUUUUUAAUUGGAUUAUCAAUGUAUAGAUGAUAGUUCUCAUUUUGGGCCAGCCCUCUUUCCUUAUCAUCAUCUUUGGUGGGACUGCAGUCCAAUGUUGAAGUCAGUGCACUUUUCUGCCAAGAAGAGAACUUCAGUUCAUACAAAUUUAGAUAAGCAGAGUUGUAGUAUUUCUUUGUAUUAUAGGACUCCCUAAACCCCUCAACUGAGGAUUAGACCCUUGUGUAUUAGGUAUGAUGAAAAUCUUCAACCAUUUAUAAUCUAAACAUUAAAGGUAGACAAGAAAAGAGUAGAUGCUUAUAGGUGAAUGAGUGAAAUAAAACUGAAGGACUACAAACCGCUUGCAUGCAUGCUUAAGUGUUGUGUUGAAUGUAGGGACACAGACUUAUCAUUAGGCUUCUUUUGUUGCCUGAUUUUAUCUUUAUGUACUGUUAAUCUACAACAAAUGCAAGGUAAAGUGAUUUAAUGUGAAUUUAUUCCAUACUGAGUUAAAUUUCCUUGCAUUUGUUAUGUGUUAAAUGUGUGCAGGCUUCUUAGUGUGGCUCACCUGAUGCAUGGUAAUGUGGUGCGUGUGAGCUCUCAAUGUGAAGUGAUUUGCCCAUGAUGACGUGGGAAAUUGAUAGCAGAACCAGAAAUUGAACACAGAUUUUUCCUUCUCUCAAUCCAGUGCCUUAACUAUAGUAGGGCAAAGUAUUAUAUGUCGGGGGGGUGUGUGUGAUUGAUUUGUUUGGGUUUUAAAGCCUAGAAAUCUAAGAUGGUGUGGACUUGGUCUUCCUACCAAUCUUUUGAAGAACUGCAAAUGCCCAGUCACAGUUUUAGACCUGUUUGAGUGCCAGUGACUUAGGGAAUAUUUGUUAUUUCCCAUGUAUUCCCUGAAAUUAUUGUUCCUCCCUCAACUGCUGUCGGCAGUAAGGAAUGACUUGAAUAGAAGAGCUGUGUAAUUGAAUGUCUAUCUAACUCAACUAACUGAAUCGAUAGUAUGAAAGCUAACCUAGAUUUUGUAGGCUCUGUUGUAACUUUAGUGUCUUGUUUUUUCACUAAAUCUUUGUUCCUAGAAAUCAAUAUCUGAACUUAUGUCUUGAGUCUGGAGUGGGGUACCACUUUCAGCUUUAAUUUUUUUUAAGGUGCUUGCUUGAGGAAGUAGAUGCCAAAGUAAACUUCAAAGGAAUUCCAGACUUCAGUGUUGAAAGAAUGAACGGAGGGCUAGAGCUCUCUUUGGGUUUCAUGAGAGAUAAAUGGACAAAGUAAAAAAAACAGCUACCAAAAUUUCCAGUAAUGAAAUGGGCAAGGCUUUUCUUUAUCACCCCCAAAAUAACCAGAUAUUUUCAAUUGUUCAGCAUGGCAGAAACUCUGAGAGCAAGUGCCAAACAAAACCCUGGAAUGUGUUGGCUUUUUUCAGCAUUAUGAACAUACCUUAACAGCAUUAUGAAUAUUUUAAUGUAUAUUAAGCCAGCUUUGUACCGUUCACCUUUUGCCUGGGUACAGUAUCUGAGUUUUAAUUGAACAGAACAUAAGCUCACAGGGAAUCUCUGAGCUUAUGCUCUCAGUCCAACCCUGGGAGACAAAACAAAUGAGCAAAGAGGGGAAAAAAUCCCAACAGGAAAAUUUAAAAGGGAAAACAGUUUCUGGAAGAUUCCCAUGUCUCCUGAGAGAGUCCCAUUUUUUAUCCUGAACAUCCUUUUCAAAACAAGAUCCUUCAGCUGUUGUGAAUGAGCCUUUGGGAACAGACUUGGCUUUUAGCCCAAACUGCUGCUCCUUGUCCCUGUCAGAAGGCAGCGUGUUCUGGAGCACUGAGCCUGGGACCCGGAGGGAGGCAGUGAUCCCUGACACAUCUGCAGUGGCAGAGUCAGCAGCAAAAACAUUGGCAUAAUGUCUUCCUGCCUGCUUCCUUGCCGCCUUCACCCUCAGAUGUGUACACUACUCAGAUGUGUACAGCUCUGCAAAUACCUGUGUUAGCUGUAAAACAGAGAACUUUGCCUAAAAAAGAUAAAAAAGGGGGAAAAACCCCCAAACCACCAACCUUAUAAAAACAGUUAAAUGACGUAACUGCAAAGUGGUGCAGAACAAGAGGAGGAACCCUGGCUGUAAAGGGUUGUGGUGAUAGCUGGAAUGUUUAAAGCAUGUUAAUGAAAAACCACAGUUGUUUGCUCUAUGGUAGCAGUAAGGCAGCCUGUUUGUAAACAAUUAACACCUUGUGUCAUCUCUAGCCUCUUCCUGUGUUUUGUUCCCAUCUAUAAAAUGAGAUGAUGAUAACCCUUGGGUAAGACUGUUUCAAGACUUGGUUGAUGUGCCAGACUGUGCUGCACAGUUGUGCUGUGAGCUCUUCUGCAAGCGUUUGGCCUCGCUGACUUCAAGUGUAAUGCAAAGUUGAACAAACAUUUGGCCACAUUUUUCCUGAAAAGUGAGAUACUUAAUUUAAAGACUGCCUGGCACUGUUGAUCUGCUCUCAGGGUUUAUGUGAACAAAGCUUUUCCUAGGUGGCCUCUCUAAUUGUACUGCAACUUGGAGACCUGGAGGUGCUCUGAACUGAGCUGUACUGAAGGAAGGAGGUAACUGGUGUCUCACUGAUGUUCCAGUGCCCCCCUCCAAGCUCCUGGGUUCCAUGUGGACCAUGGGGCACUUCAUACAGCCACUGGCAGCCAUAAAUGCUCUUGAGCUUCCUGUAGUCACAUAGUGAGCUUGGGUAAGUGGUUUUAUAAUAAAUCAGUCUCAUGCUUGCUAAUAGCUUUUUGGCUGCUGUGUCUACAAACUGGUGCCUUCUCCAGGCAAUUUUUACAUGCCCUCUGCAAAGUUGUCAGACUGACUGCUGGCUCUUGAAAGAAUCAAUCUAAGCCUUGCUCUUGGGCUCAGAAUUUCUCUUCAGUACUGUUGUCACCUGAAAGUUUGCUACAAUUAGUGCAAAUACACAGUGUAAGAGAGAAAAUAAAAGGCUAUUCUCAGAUGUCCUGUAGAGUGAGCAACUGAAACUGAGUUUGGGAUGACCCACUAAAACUGGCAUUUUUCCCUGGCUGCACACUGUAUGGAAGAGACAGUGCCUUGGAAGGGAAGGAGCAGGAAAGUUUGCCAUUGGCUCUGAUGAAUCCCAAUCCUGCUUCUACUGAAGUUGUUGGGAAUCCUCCCAUUAUCUUCAGUGUGAGCAAGAAAGGAUCUUAGGUGAGGAUGGAUGACUCUUUCCCUACUUGAAUGAAGUCUCUUGCUUAUUUAUGGGCCUGCUUCUAUUGAAACCGAGCCUGUUUUAGCCUUUUUGGGUUCUUAGGGACCUGUUUGUAUAAAGCAACUUACCUACCUAUCUUUUUUUUUUCUAUUGUGUGUAUUUUUUGUAUGUUCUGUUGGAAGGUGAAGCCUCUGUAGAAGGGGAUACAAAAACUGAUUUUUAAAUAGUAAUAAACCAAAAGAGAAUUAAA